GAUGUCGGCGGGGAGGCCGAAACAUUCUGCCGCUGCGGUUUCCCUCAGGCCGCCAUGCUGGUGAGGGCGAGCGGAGUGCUGCGGGGUCUUCCCCGCGGCCUGCACCUCACGACCCUACGGGGCCUGACCGGGACGGAGGCGGCGAGCCCGGCCGCUGACUGCUUCCCGCUGAACCGCGGUCUGCUCCGUCUCCAAGGCCGGGAGGCCGAGCCCUUCCUCCAAGGCCUGCUGACCAAUGACGUGACGCUCCUCGCGGCUGGGGGCGGGGCCUCCGAGGCGCCUCGCGCGCAAUACGCGCAUCUCCUCAACGUCCAGGGGCGGUGCCUUUAUGACGUCAUCCUGUACAGGGUUCGUGAAAGCUCUCAAGAAGAGACCCACAUUCUCUUGGAGUGUGACUCUGCAGCCUUGGACUCCCUUCAGAAGCAUCUGAAACUGUAUAAGAUCCGAAGGAAAGUGAGCAUCGCUCCUUGCCUUGACCUGUCUUUGUGGGCUGUGAUCUUGAAGGAGCCGUCUGAGGAGGUUUCCCGGAAGCUCCAACACCGCUCUGGCAACGCGGUGGUUGUCGCGUCGGACCCCAGAGGAGACAUUAUGGGUUGGAGGCUGAUAACCAACCAAAGCACAAACCCGCUAGAGAUUGUUCCCGGAAGCCGGAUUGGAAAUAUCAAAGAUUAUCAUAGGCACAGGUACAAACAAGGCAUCCCUGAAGGCAUUAAAGCUCCUACUGGAAUAGCCCUACCUCUGGAAUCCAACCUGGCUUACAUGAAUGGUAUCAGUUUCACCAAAGGCUGUUACAUCGGACAGGAGUUAACUGCUAGGACCCACCAUAUGGGUGUCAUCCGUAAACGCCUCUUGCCGAUAGAGCUCGCAGUACCCAUGCCUUCCGAAAGCAUUCCUAACGGUGCGGAAAUCGUUACGGAAUCGGGGAAGUCGGCUGGGAAGUACCGGGCCGGAAGCGAUGAGCUUGGGAUAGCCCUGCUCCGACUGGCUCACGUGAACGAACCGUUGCGUCUAAAACUCCCCGGUGACGCGACCGUGAAUCUCACAGCUUCCGUUCCCGAAUGGUGGCCGAAGGCUACAAACGCGUAGAAGA